AAAACUCUAAUGCCCUUUUGAUAAAAUUGAUUUUGAAAGCAAUGCAAAAUAUAUUGGAAUGGAAAUUUCGAAUAUUCGUUUCAAAGCAGCUGUAUUUGAAAUACUGGAAAUUUUGAUUUUUUGAGCCAGAUAUUGAGAAUGGCCUUGAAAAAAUUCAUUACGAGGCUCUUCAAUGUUCUAGUAAUGGCGGAACAUACGCAUGGGAGAUAACAUUGCAAAGUAAAAACUCUGUUAGGAGCGAUAAAAUAAAUUUACAAAAUGUAUGCACUCUAUAAUGAAGUACAUCCACCUACGGUUGUCGAGCAUUGCGCAAGUUGCAAUUUCUUCUCUGGAAAGGAGACGAACUUGGUUGUGGCGGGAACAACACAACUGAGAGUGUUUCGUCUCAUUGAGCCUACAGAGAAUGAUGCUAAAGGAGAAACUGGAGAGAAAGGAAAGGUGAAGCUGGAACAACUUGCUGAGUAUUCUCUGUUUGGAAAUAUUUCAUCAAUGAAAGCAGUAAGAAUUGGUAACAACAGCAGGGAUUCACUCAUUCUUGGAUUUAGAGAUGCAAAGCUUUCUAUUGUGGAAUAUGACCCAACCUGCCAUGACUUGAAGACAGUGUCAAUGCACUAUUUUGAAAAUGAAGAUUUAAAGGGUGGCGUCAUGGAGAAUGUUUUUGACCCUGUGAUAAGGGUUGAUCCAGAAAAUCGCUGUGCAGUGAUGUUGGUUUACGGACGACAUCUUGUUGUGUUGCCUUUUAAACAAGAAUUGGCUGUAGAUGAAGCUGAACAAGCACAAGCAAGUGAUAAAUCUGGAUCAGUGCUUGGUACUUACACAAUUGAUUUGCGUACGGUCGAUGAACAGCUUACAAAUGUGACUGAUUUCCAAUUUAUGCAUGGCUACUAUGAGCCAACAUUGCUCUUUCUGUAUGAGCCUGUUAAGACCUAUGCCGGUCGCGUAGCUGUUCGACAAGACACGCACUGCAUUGCAACGAUAUCAUUAAACACGAUAGAAAAAGUGAACCCUAUCAUAUGGUCUCUGACUGGCCUCCCCUUUGAUUGUCACACGGCAUUGCCAAUAAUGAAGCCUCUAGGCGGGGUUCUGGUAUUUGCCAAUAACUCGCUGAUCUAUCUAAACCAGAGCGUACCACCAUAUGGAGUGUCGCUCAACAGUAUGACGGACUUCUCGACCCUUUUCCCUUUGAAAAUCCAGGAUAUUGUGCUGACACUAGAGGGUGCAAUGGCGACAUUUAUUUCAAACGAUGUUUUGGUUUUGUCGUUGAAAGGCGGUGAACUGUAUGUGCUGACCCUGAUUACAGACGGUCUUAGAAGCGUUCGAAGUUUUUAUUUUGACAAAGCAGCAGGCAGUGUUCUCGCUUCAAGUAUUUGCACUGUCAGUGACGGCUAUAUCUUCCUUGGUUCACGACUUGGCAAUUCUCUGCUCUUGAAGUACACAGAAAAACUUCCUGAAGAUGAAAAAACAGAGCCACCUGUUGGUAAUAAGGUUUCACCACCACCGCCAUUGAAACGAAGAAAAGUUGAUCCGAACAACCCUUACAUUUUUGAUGACCUCGAUGAUCUUGAAGUUUAUGGUGCAAGCGUAGAAAGAAAUAUUGGCUCAAAAUUAGUGUCUUAUGCAUUUGAGGUGUGUGAUAGCCUUCUGAAUAUUGGCCCAUGUGUUGAGAGUGCGAUUGGACACCCAGCAUUUUUGUCGGAAGAGUUCUCAGGCCUACCACAUCCCGAUUUGGAAGUUGUCUUUUGCUCAGGUCAUGGUAAAAAUGGUGCUCUUUCUGUUUUACAGAGAAGUAUCCGGCCUCAGGUUGUAACAACAUUCGAGCUUCCCGGCUGUACGGACAUGUGGACAGUAUUCUCUGAUACUAAGUCAAGCAACGGUGAAGAGCGGUAUCAUUCAUUUCUUAUCUUAAGCAGAGAAGAUUCCAGCAUGGUUUUGAAAACAGAUGAUGAAAUAAUGGAGAUAGACAAUUCUGGCUUUAGCACACAGUACCCAACAGUUUAUACUGGAAACAUUGGAAAUGAUAGAUUUAUUGUUCAGGUCUGUCCUAUGAGUGUAAGGUUGUUACAAGGAGUGAAACAGCUGCAGGAGAUCGCAAUGGAUUCUGGUUCUUCUGCAAUUGUUUUCUGCUCAGUGGCCGACCCACAUAUUAUAUUGAUGACAACCGAUGGAUCUAUUUUCUACGGAAAGCUAGUCGAAGAUGCUGCUGGGCCACGCCUUAAAAUCCAAAAGUCUUCGAUUGACAAGACGGCAAAGAUAGCAGCAUGUUGUUUAUACAAAGAUACCAGCGGACUUUUCUCUACCGAAACCUCUGAAAUGACGUCACAGUUGGAAGCAAGCAAGAUUGUAAGACGAACCUCAAAUGUGCCAAGGAAAUCAGAGUCACAAAGCACGGAUGAAAUGGAUGAAGACGAAUUCUUGUAUGGUGAUUCUAAUCUGUAUACAGAAGAAGCAGUCAAAAUGGAGUCCCAAGAAGACGAUUCGACGUUCCCUCACACAUCAGUUGAGGAGUCAAGGGUCACGAACUGGGUUGUAAUUUGCCGAGAAAAGGGGAGUCUGGAAAUCUACUCCGUUCCAGAUUUUAGGCUGGUCUUUGUGUGUCCAAAUUUCAGCAAUGCACCGAAACUGUUAAUAGACAGUGGCAAUCUCAAUCCGCAGAACGGAAGCCAAUCAAAAGACUCUGUCAUAAGUGAGGUAUUGAUCGUUGGUAUUGGCAACAAUGGAUCGAGGCCACAUCUUUUUGCAAUGCUUGAUCAAGAUCUUGUCAUAUACGAGGCAUUCCCAUUCUCAACAACGACAACCGAGAAACAUUUACUUCUACGUUUCAGAAAGGUCUGCAUCAAUUUAUUGAUGAGAGAAAAGACAGAAGCACGGCUAGCAAGACUGGCUGAAAAAAGUGAAUCAAACGAGAGACGUUUAAAGGUUCCUGUCCUGCGGGCGUUCAAGGACAUUUCUUCUUACACAGGGGUAUUUGUUUGCGGGCCAUGCCCUCAUUGGAUAUUCAUCACGUCACGUGGCUGUUUAAAUGCGCACCCAAUGAGCAUCGAUGGCGCUGUUACCUGUUUUGCCUCCUUCCACAAUGUGAAUUGUCCAAAAGGAUUUUUGUAUUUCAACAAAGGGGGAGAGCUACGAAUAUCGGUCUUGCCAACCCAUCUUACUUAUGACGCACCAUGGCCUAUCAGAAAAGUGCCAUUGAGAGCUACACCAUACAGUGUUGCCUAUAACAAGGAAAACAAGGUUUAUGCCGUGGCAACGACAACAGUAGAGCCCAAUAAAAAGAUACCAAAAUUUAAUACUGAAGAUAAAGAGUGGGAAUCGUUAGAAAGAGAUUCGCGGUACAUACAUCCAGUUAUCGAGCGUUUCAGUAUCCAGUUGGUUUCACCUGCAAGAUGGGAAAUUGUACCACAUUUCAAUUAUGAAUUCGAAGAAUUUGAGCAUGUAUCUUCAAUGAAAACGCUUGAGUUAAAGAGCCAAGAAACUCACAGUGGCUAUAAAACAUUCUUAGUUGCUGGAACGUUAUACAAUUUUGGUGAAGAUCUGACGGCGAAAGGCAGAGUUCAUAUAUUCGAUAUAAUCGACGUUGUUCCAGAGCCAGGACAGCCACUCACAAAGCAUAAAUGCAAAUGUUUAUAUGCGAAAGAACAGAAAGGACCUGUGACGUCAAUUUGUGCUGUUCAAGGGUACCUAUUAACUGCUUUAGGGCAAAAGAUUUACGUAUGGAAUUUCAAAGACAACGCUGAUCUCAUAGGAAUGGCUUUUAUUGACACCCAGGUCUAUGUCCACAACAUGCUUCCUAUGAAAAACCUGUUGCUAACGUCAGAUAUUGUCAAGAGUAUCCAGCUUCUUAGAUUCCAGGAGCAGUACAACAAUCUAUCGCUAGUCAGUCGCGAUGCAAAGCCGCUAGAAGUUUUCAGCUCAGAAUAUUUUGUUGAUGGAACCAUACUGGGAUUUUUAGUUUGUGAUGGAGACAAGAACCUAACAUUGUUUUCCUACCAGCCAGAAGCUCUUGAAAGUUUUGGUGGUCAGCGAUUACUUCAGAAGGGAGACAUCAACAUCGGAACUCAUGCAAACACCAUGUUUAGAGUGAAAGUUUGCGAAGAGCCAUCAACUGACUUGCACAAAAACAAAGACAACAGACACGUGACCUACUGUGCGACACUAGAUGGAGGAAUCAGCCUCGUUUUGCCUAUGAUGGAGAAAACAUAUCGCAGAUUGCUGAUGCUGCAAAACAAACUGAUAGAAUGUUUACAACACGUUGCAGGCCUGAAUCCAAGAGCGUUUAGAGCAACGCGUCUUGCCAAGCGCCCUCUUACAAAUGCCCAUCGCAAUAUUCUUGAUGGAAAACUGAUCAGAAAAUACCUGGCCCUAAAUUUUACUGAGAGGCUGGAGCUUGCCAGAAAAAUUGGAACGACAUCCUCACAGAUACUUGAUGACUUGAUGGACAUCGAACGAGCAACGAGCCAUUUUUAGAACGAUGGAAAACACACAGAGCAAUUUGCAAUGUAGCAACAAGACUAGAUUAAUGUUGGAUACAGUGUAUUAACCAGUUGAAAUCUGGAUGGUUUAGUAAACAAUACCGGGAAACACACAAAACAUCCAUGUUAACUGUUGAGCUGUAAAUUGCUCAGUCACAUUUAUUUUCUUUUUAGAGAA